UGGCAACGGCAGAGACACCUUUGGCAGGCUAGGCGUUGAACUGGUUGCAUGUACGGAUACUUGGCACCGUUGUAUCGGAGUGUUGGCGAAGACUCCAGCACUUUGGCUUCCGAAAGGGGUAAGCAGGCCGGCAUGCUUCAGUCAAAGUCAGACUCGUAUAAGUCUGGGCGUGCCGUAGUGCUCACCCCAACCCGAGUACGUUUUGUCUUCCUGGACUACGGCUCCGUCCCCGUCCAAUAUCACCGCCUUGGUCGGUUGAUCCGCUUCCAUCGAUGGGAGAUUUCAUGUGUCAACACUCCGUGCCAGGCUGCCACGGAAGAUGGCACUGUCAGUCUCCUGCACCGUCACCUCUUAGCAACACUGGCCUCUCUCUACUCCAGUCGGUUGAGCGCCAGGUCCUCAGGAUGACUAUGACCAUCUCAAUCUCUCGCGACUCAGCGAAGGCUCGAACCAUCGGUCAGUGGAUGGCCAGGCACAGUGACAGCAGCGACAACUCACGGACUGAGAUUAUCGCCAUCCAUAACUCCUAUCCAGACUCAUCACCGCUCCCCCAACCGAGCGCCGUCUUCUCGCUCGAACCUGGGCCGCACCCUCGCCAUCGCCCGCUCCUCCGUCACCGUCUGCGAAGUCAGCGUCGUCUGCGGCCGCCGAACUUCUUCUCCUACCAUCCGCUGCACAUGUGCACCCUCUCCGACCUCACACCGUUACCCAGCACGGCCUAAUGCGAUGCUCAUCGUCGACUACAGCAUCUUCCUGUUCAGGCCAUUCCGGAACCCAAACGUCCAUCCAUCAUCAUCCCCUUCCGAGUCCCUUUUACCUUCCCACCAUACCCCGUGCUGGUGUUUCGGGUGGCGGAGGUGGGGAUC